AUGGGUUCCCAAAACUGGUUAGAUGCAACAGAGUCAGGGGCAGCUUAUUCCACUUACGCAAAAUGUGCAAGUGACAGGGCAGUGAAUUUUGAUGCUAAUGUUGUUUCCAAGCCUAUGCCAUUCAGAUUCUUUAAUAUGUGGGCUAAGGCUGAGGAAUUUGAUAGCAUUGUUCAGAAUAUUCAUGAUGAUCCUGGUAACCAGAUGCUUUAUAAGCAAGAAAAAGAGAUGAGUAGGAAAUAUGGGGAAUUGAAUGAAGCUAGAAUCAACUUUUGGAAACAAAAGCUAAAAGAGGAUUGGAUCCAUCUUGGUGACUCCAAUUCAGCAUAUUUCCAUGCUGUUUUGAAAAAGAAGAGGGCUCAAAAUAGUAUCUAUAGACUGAAAAAUAUAGAAGGAGAGUGGGUUGAAGAUGCAGUAGGUAUGGAACAUGCUCUCUUGUUUACUACAGAAGAGGUCAAAUGUGCUCUGUGGGAUAUUGAUGAGAGAAAGGCUCCUGGGUCAGAUGGGUAUACUAAUGGCUUCUAUAAGCAUGAUUGGCCAUACAUUGGUGAGGAUAUUGCUGCUCGUGAGGAUGUAAGUCAGUUCCGUCCUAUUGCUUGCUGUAAUGUUCUUCAUAAGAUCAUCUCAAAAAUGCUCAGCAAUAGAUUGAUGAAAAUUUUGCCUAAUCUUAUUGAUCCAGUGCAAAGUGCUUUAAUAGAAAGCAGAGCUAUAAUGCACAACAUAUUUAUUUGCCAAGAUAUGCUGAAACAUUAUAAAAGAAAAUCACAACCAGCAAGAUGCACUAUUAAGGUUGAUCUUAGAAAGGCAUAUGAUUCUGUAUGA